AUGAUCUUAAACUUCUAUCCACCUGGUAUAAGUAUACUAGAUAUCUCACGGAAUAAUUUAAUUGACUUUCCAAUCAAGAUUUUUCUCAAUGUGUUCAUUGAUCUAAAUACAGACUUCUUCAGAGAGCCAAGAGCAAGAGAUAUCAGAAAGCUCAAGAGAAUUGUAGCUAUUAUGUCUCUAGUUAUAUCUCAUUUUGAUGUUGUUAUCUAUAGUGUUUCCAUGCUUAACAGCGUAGAGCUUGUCCCUUUCAACUGCUUGCUUCUUAGAACUCUCUGCCUUUGUGCUAGAAUAAUCACAUUUAAGAUACUAGAUUACUUUGAUCAUAUUGCAAUUGAUCAAAACACUAACAGAAAUCUUUCUCUUCAACUUGUCACUGUUUUGAAUGACUCAGUUAGCAUGGCAAGCUGGGCUGUUUGUGAACUACAGCUAGUACUCUUUUUCAGUUUCAAAAACAAAUUCUUCUGUCUUGUUCUCAUAUGUAGGCAUGAACUGGUAGAUAGUUGA